UUCAAAAAUCUCAACAAAUGAGAAUAAUUUUAUAAACAACAUUCUAAUUGUAAAUUAAUUUAUUGGUUUGAUUUGUUUUUAUUUUAUUCUCAAUGGCCGAUAAAUCAUCUGAUGUUAAAACUCCUGAUUCUCCUGGAAUAGUGGAUAAGCCAAGUGAAUACUCGGAAAGUUCUGGUAAAUCACCUUUGGAAUGGUUAGAGAUCAACGAAGGUGUUCAUUACUCUCAUUUAGAAAGAAUUUCUGGUGAACGAAGAUUGUUGAAUAAUCUAAUUGCAAAUCCAGUAAUUUCUUUUGGUUUGCUGGGUGGUGCAAUCGCCAUUGGUGGUGGUCUUCAUGCAAUACGUUCAGAGAAUCCAAGACUUUCAAAUCAUUUUCUUAAAUUACGUUGGGGAUCAUCUUCAUUAGUAUUUGGUUUUAUUGUUUACAAAAUUUGGGAUCAAAUUGAUUGGAAUCCACCGGCAGUUCAAAAGUUACAAAGAUACAUUGCCUAUGCUUUUCAAAAGGACAUCAGCUUGUUGACUGAAAAUGAAGCCGAUAAAAUUACUAAAACUACUGAUAAAGUGAAACAAUAAUUUCCUACACGAAAUUACAAUUAAAACUACAAUUUGGAUUAUUGUACAGUGUUAAUUGAGACGAUUAAUUAUUCUAUUAGACCAAAUUACACAAAAUGUUAACCUUGUUUGGAGGAACUAUUUAUAUAAAGAAUUGUAAUAUUCUUCCUCUAAAACGACCAAUUCAGCUGU